AAACACUUGCCAUCUUCUUCAUAAACCCUACUCCUGUCUUCUAAACUCGCGCGGCCUCACUCACCAUCAAAAUUUGGCGCCAAGUUAUUUCUGAGACGACGUCGUUAUUUGCAACCACCACGACGGCACCGUCACAAAUCAAAAUUUGGGAGGAACCCAUGAAAGGAGGAAGGAAGAAUUUGAAGAGGGCUGCUGAAGAUCAAAUUUUGACACUUCAAGAUGGUCAAAGCAUUAUGCAAGUUGUGUCUCUCAGAGGUUCUAAUCUAAUUGAGGUAGUGGACGCACAAGGUGAAAAAUCACUUGCUCUGUUUCCAGCAAAGUUUCAAAAGAGCAUGUGGAUAAAACGAGGGAGUUUUGUUGUGGUGGAUGAAAGUGGAAAGGAAAAGGCUCUCAAAGAUGGUAGCAAAGUGGCAUGUAUUGUUUCUCAGGUUCUUUUCUAUGAACAAGUUCGAGCGCUUCAAAAAACUUCAGAAUGGCCGGAAAUUUUCAGAUCGACAAAUUCAGAUGAUCCUAACGGAAGUUCAGAAAGAUACGCCUCCUGUAAUGAAGAAAAUAAUCGGUCUGAUUUGGGUGAUAAUAAUGAUGCCGAUGAUGAAGAUGACGAUGACGAUGACGGACUCCCCCCAUUAGAGGCCAACACCAACAGAAUCAAGCCAUUGGAGUUGCAAACAGAUUCAGAUUCAGAAUCGGAAUCAGAAUCAGAAUCAGAUAUAGUUUCUUAAGUUAUCAAUUUUGAUGAUGUAAGUUUUUGUACCACAAAAAUUCAAAGAUUUUAAAUGAAGCACAACCCUUCAAGCAGUCAAGGGUUGUUAUAAUGUAAAGAUUGCAGCAUCAUAUUACUGGUGCAAUUUUUUUAUCAAAUCAUCCUCAAAUUAAUCUUCAAUUGUAAAUUAUGCUUCAAGUUCUAAAAUACAUGCUU